GGAGUUUAAAAGGAUGAGAGACAGGCUUGUGGAGAGUAAAUCUGUUAGUAACUCAGAUUCUAGGUUCACAGCAGGAAUAACGAUGUUCUGCAGAGCGGCUUGGCAAAGACUUGCACCUCUGGCAUGCAAAUCCCUCACUCCUUUAUUCAGCAAUGCUGUAUUCCCUAUACGACAGAUGUCCUUUGGGCUACCUGCGUCCGGGACAAACAUGGCUUACAUGGUGAUUGGUGGAAGCUCACUUACUGCUGCUCUUGUUUAUGCUUAUAAGACAAUAAACUCUGACAGUGCAAGAUAUAAUGAAAGAAUCGCACAACUCGAGGCCAGACCAAAAAUAGGAGCAGUGGCCACCUUGGCCUCCGUAGCAGAAGCAGCUGCGAUUGUGGAAACCGCAUUAGCUGAAAACACCACUAUUGUUGAAGCCACAGCAGCAGAACUCGUCGUAGAAGUGGUUGAUGCGGAGGCUGAAGAGAUCCCAGAACAUGUGGAUGCAGCAAUGGUGGUGGAUGCAGCAAUGGUGGUUGAGGCAGAACCUGCCAUUGUACAGGCAGUAGCAGCUGAUGCCGAGGAACCUACUGCACCUGUUGUUGAGGAUGUUGCUGCUGAGACUGCGGCUCCUAUUGCCGAGACAACUGUUAUCCCAAUGUCUGAUCUACUGAGCACUGUGAAAAUCCUGGCUGGAUCUACAGGGGAGAUCGCAGCAGCUUCAGUUGGAGAUCAGCACCUGGUGGCCACAUUGAGGUUGGCUGAGGACAACAAUUCUGUGGAGAUCCUCAAUGGGCUGGAGGUUGUUGAGGUCUCAGCAGAAGUGCCUGAGGAAGCUGAGGUUGAGGAGCCCGGUAGAUCCAAUCUGAAAACAGAAGGAGGAGAACUGGAGGAACUGCCUUCAGCGCUUCAAACAGUAGAAGAAACUAUUGAAGUGGGAGAUGACCAUGUCAAGUCUGAGGCAGACAGCCCUGUUGUGGCUGAAAUUAAUGCUGAAAGCCCUGCUUCAUCAGAGGAGGCCUCUGUUACAAAGAUGGAGAGUAUUUUGGAAUGGGAAGAGUCAUUGAGUCCCGAGGUGAUGUUGUCAGAAGAUGAUACCAUUUAUGGAUCUGCAGAGGUGACGUCAGAGACGGUCAAGGCAGUAGGUCAACAAAUAGAGGAAGAUAAAGCAUUAUGUCAUGAGCCAGCUGCCACAGAAACAGAACAUUCAGAGCUCACAGCGCCACCAACAGACCUGGAGGAAGCACUACAUGCCACAACAGAGUCUGCAGAAGAAGUUGCUGCGGAAAUGAUGCUGGAUUCUGUGGAGGAAGCUAAACCAGUUAAGGCAUCAGAGGAAGCUGUUGAAAGUGGAAAUGUUACGAUGACCAUGGCUCAAGCCUGAAUGUUGCACAGAACCUGCGACACAGAAAGCAAGUGAAACCCACAGAAUCUGUA